CACGAAGGUGUUGUUGUCGGCCAUUUUAGAAGUUUAGUGUCAUCAACACAACCUUAUUUUCAUAGGAUUUUUGCACGAUCACCUGGAGAAAUAUGUCUGAUCGGAAAGCUGAGUUAGAGAAAAAGCGAAGGCGCUUAGAAGAAAUCAAACGAGCUCGAGAAGAAAAGAAAAAGCAAGAGCAAGAGCAAAGCAAGACAGCGGCUGCACCAAAGGGUGGUGCCAGUGCUACUUCUGCAUCAACAGAAUCCAAAGAGACUGAUAUUGAGAGGAAAAAGAGGGAAGCUGAUGAGCUGCUCAAGGGAAUUAUUCCUGAUGAUGUAAUUGAUGGCACUGCAGUGUCUCCCCUUAUACCAAGAUCUACCAAAAGUGAAGGAGCCAGCCCAGGUAAAGAUGUGACAUCAAGGCCUUUGGCACACCAAGAGAAGAAAAGGCCAGCGAAGUUGGGUGUAUCACAGCUUACUCAGACAAAUAUUCCACCCAAGGAACCAGUUUUGUAUAACAAAGAAACACAAACUCAAAAUGCAGAGCCAGAAGAACCACCUGAUGAAUUUGAGACUCCAGCUGCACCAAAGCCAAAGGAGACUGAAGCACAACCUGAACCUGAAGAUGGAGGAGAAGAUGGAAGAGAAGAAGUGCCUGUCAUAGAGCUCAGUGAUGAACAAAAGGAACAGAUAUUGAAUUCUGGAGAAUUCAGCAAGUUCUUUGAUAAAGCGACAAGAAUGAUGGAAAGAGCCUUGUGUGAAACAGUUGAUAUCACAUUUGAUUACUCUGGAGCUGAGACAGAGGACACUGAAGGAGACACACAGGCCUCUGGUAAACUCUCAUUCAACCGAGAGUUCUUUGAUGAGAGGUGGUCAAGGCAUAGGACAGUGACUUGCCUGGACUGGUCAACACAGUACCCAGAGCUGUUGGUAGCAUCGUACAACAACAAUGAAGAUGCCCCACAUGAGCCUGAUGGUGUAGCGCUCAUAUGGAACAUCAAAUAUCAGAAAGAAUCUCCGGAAUAUGUAUUUCACUGUCAGUCUGGUGUGACGUCAGUUACCUUUGCCAAGUUUCAUCCCAAUUUAAUCGUUGGUGGGACAUAUUCAGGCCAAAUUGUAUUGUGGGACAACAGAAGCAGUAAAAAGACACCAGUACAGAGAACACCUCUCUCUGCCACUGCACACACACAUCCGGUUUAUUGUGUGAAUGUGGUUGGAACUCAAAAUGCUCACAAUUUGAUCAGUGUCUCCACUGAUGGAAAGAUGUGUUCUUGGAGUCUUGACAUGUUGUCACAGCCCCAGGACAGCAUGGAGCUUCAAUUUAAACAGUCCAAGGCUGUGGCUGUGACGUGUUUAUCGUUUUUGGCCGGUGAUGUCAAUAAUUUUGUGGUUGGGAGCGAGGAGGGCUCGGUUUACACAGCCUGUCGACAUGGAAGUAAAGCGGGAAUCAGUGAUAUAUUUGAAGGUCAUUAUGGACCAGCGACAGGCAUUGAUACUCACUCGGCAGCAGGACCUAUUGACUUCUCUUACCUGUUUUUGACAUCUUCAUUUGAUUGGACCAUCAAACUGUGGAGUCACAAGAACCCACGUCCGCUGUACUCUUUUGAAGACAAUGGCGAUUAUUUGUAUGACGUACAGUGGUCCCCAAUCCAUCCUGCUUUGUUUGCUGCCGUGGACGGAACAGGAAGACUGGACCUGUGGAAUCUUAACAACGACACAGAGGUACCAACAGCGAGCACUAGCGCCGAAUCAAUGACGUCACUUAAUCGUUUACGAUGGACGCAUUCUGGUCACCAGAUCGCCGUGGGUGAUGAUGACGGUCACGUAUUCAUCUAUGAUGUUGGCGAGCAACUUGCUGUCCCAAGAGUGGAUGAAUGGUCAAGAUUUCAAAACACCAUUCAUGAGAUCCAAGCGAAUGCCUCAUCCAACAUUGGCGAAAUAGGCUCCCCCAAAAUGUCGCCGUCCAAGAUGCCAUUUAGUUGAUUUUAUUUCCGCUGUAAUUCUGAGAUAAUAAUGCAGUAGGACUGUAAUAUAACAGAACUGAGUCAGCCAUGCUAGGAAAAGGACUCAGUUGUUUUCUCAGGGAGACUGGAAUGAAGGUCGUGAAUAGGGAUGCUUCAUGUUCUUUAUAUUAUUAUUUGUUCAGGUUUUAGAGAUGUUAGACUAGUCUAUCCACAUUUUGCGUGCUGAAGAGAGAGAAAUAGGUUAAAUGGUGUAUUGUCCUGGCAGAUGUAAGUUAUAUUUGUCCUUUUUCGGUUGAUUUUAGCAAUUUUCUGAAAAGUUUCGAAUUUUGCCCGAAACGUACGAGACAACUUUAACUCAGAGUAUGAGAAUGUGUCUGAAAAUAAUUUUGAAAGUUUUUUUGGGUUAUUGCGCACUGAGGAUAGGGCCUCAACGGUCACAAGUCUUAAAUGUGUUUCCUAUCGUGAGAGAAUUUGACACGUGGUGAUUCUGUUAACCUGGAGAAGCUUUAGAAGUAAAAUUUUAUAUAUUUGUGGCGGUCUACUGCAAGAAAUAAAGAUAUCUGUCAACCACAUCUCAAGAAA